GAAGUCGCCGAAAGCUAAUGCUCUGCGCUUUGACCAAUUGACGCCCUGACUUGCCUGAAAUUUUUACCACAACACUUGUAGACGUAUAAUUAGACGCUAGGCAAAAUGCAGCAGACUAAAUACGUGCUUGUGACGGGAGGUGUGGUCAGCGGCCUCGGCAAGGGUGUUACCGCUAGCAGCGUUGGUGUGCUGCUCAAGAACUGCGGCUAUCGCGUGACGUCCAUUAAAAUUGAUCCCUACAUCAAUGUGGACGCUGGCACUAUGUCGCCAUUCGAGCACGGCGAGGUCUUUGUGCUGGACGAUGGCGGCGAGGCCGACCUUGACCUCGGCAACUACGAGCGCUUCCUGGACAUCACCCUGACCCGCGACAACAACAUUACAACCGGCAAAAUUUACCAGGCUGUGAUUGAGCGCGAGCGCCGCGGCGACUACCUGGGCAAGACCGUGCAGGUGGUGCCGCACAUUACGGACGCGAUCCAGGAUUGGAUCCAGCGUGUGGCGGCGCGCCCCGUGGAUGGCAACUCGGGCGUGCCGCACGUGUGCGUUAUUGAGCUGGGAGGCACGGUGGGCGACAUUGAGAGCGCCCCCUUUGUGGAGGCGCUGCGCCAGUUCUGCAUCCGCGUGGGCGACGCCAACAUCUGCAACGUGCACGUGUCGCUGGUGCCCGUCAUCGGUGUGGUGGGCGAGCAGAAGACCAAGCCCACCCAGCACAGCGUGCAGGUGCUUCGCUCGCUGGGCAUCACUCCCACGCUCAUCGCCUGCCGCUCCCAGGAGCCGCUGGAGGAGAGCGUGCGGACAAAGCUGGCUCUGUUCUGCAACGUGCCCGAGGGCUGUGUGCUGUCGCUGCACGACGUGUCCAACAUCUGGCGCGUGCCGCUGCUGAUGCAGGAGCAGAAUGUGCACCAUCUGCUGUGCACCAAGCUGGGUCUGACGGCGGCUGACAAGCUGGACCUGUCGGUGUGGAAGGCCAACCUGGCGGACCGCUGGGACUCGCUCACGGAGCCGGUCAAGAUCACGCUCAUUGGCAAGUACACCAACCUGUCUGACGCCUACCUGUCAGUGCUCAAGUCGCUGCAGCACGCCUGCAUGGAGGCGCGCGUGCGGCUGCAGCUUGAGUGGGUGGAGGCGGCCAGCCUGGAGCCGGAGAGCAAGGCGGCGGACGCGGCCCUGUACGAGGCCAGCUGGCGCAAGUUGCACGAGGCCGACGGCAUUCUGGUGCCCGGCGGCUUUGGCAACCGCGGCGUGGAGGGCAAGAUCCUGGCUGCCAACUACGCCCGCCUCAACAAGAAGCCCUACCUGGGCAUUUGCCUGGGGAUGCAGAUUGCGGUGAUUGAGUUUGCGCGCAACGUGCUUGGCCUCAAGGAGGCCAACUCCACCGAGUUCGCGCCCGCCUGCCCGCACCCCGCCGUGGUGUUCAUGCCCGAGAUCUCCACCACACACCUGGGCGGCACUAUGCGCCUGGGCGGCCGGCGCACGGUGCUCCAGACCAUGAACUGCAUGAGCGCCAAGCUGUACCAGCAGGAGCAGUUCAUAGACGAGCGCCACAGGCACAGGUACGAGGUGAACCCGGACCUGGUGCCCAAGCUGGAGGAGGCGGGUCUGCUGUUCGUGGGGCGGGACGAGACCGGCGAGCGCAUGGAGAUCCUGGAGCUCAGCCAGCAGCCGUCCGACCACCCCUACUACGUGGCGGCCCAGUUCCACCCCGAGUUCAAGUCGCGGCCCGGCAAGCCCUCGCCGCUGUUCCUGGGCUUCAUCCUGGCCUCCGCCAAGAGGCUGGACUCCUACCUGCGGUCUCGCGACUUCCCUCGCUCACCAGCCAAGUCGCUGGCGGGCUCCAUGGGCAAUCUGGCCGUGGAGGCCUCCCCCGCCAAGGCCCCCGCCACCGCCAACUGAGCGCUGCAGCGGGGUGACGCUACUGCCGCUAUUGCCGUUACUGCUGCGGGGGCUGCUACUGCUGCUGCUGUGGAGGCUGCUACUGCUACUGCUGCGAGAUUUGGAGCAGCUACUGCAGCUACUGGUGCUGCUGCUGCUGCUGCGGGGGUGGAGGGUGCGGCGGCUGCAAUCUCCGGAAUGGCUGCAACCUCCGCGGCGGCUGCGGCCGAAGGCGCCGGUAGGGGUGUCAAGGGAGCGGCGGCUGUGGAUGCCGGCGCGGCUGUGAAUGCGGCUGUGGAUGAUGUGGCUGCGAUUGGGGCUGCGGCGGCUGCGGAUGCGUGUGGGUGUGCGCAGGGCCUCCGGGCUAGGCCACGUGCGUCAGUAACAGCGGCCGUGGCGGCGGCGAUGGUGGUAGCGACGGCAGCGAUGGCUCGGCGUGCUUCUUUGCGGGGGCAAUAGGCAGUGAGCAGCUCUGCCGCGCGUUGUGUGUGUGGGCGCGGCAAAGAAUAACAACUUCGGGCAGCGGGGCUGCGGCUUCUGGUUCUGUGGCGGCUGCUGGUGCGGCUGUGUGGCAGUGUGGCUGGGGGCUGGGGCGACUGUGGCUGCGCGUGCGCGUGCUGUGGGUUGGGGGGGGGGGCGAGCGCGCGGUAUGCUCUGCAGGACGGCUGUGGCGGCCAAGGCCGCGUGCAUGUCGGGGGGUGGGCGGGGUGUUUUCGCGCGUCUACAGUGGUGGUGGGAUUUGAUCUUGUCCUGGUUGGCCUGACAUGGGACUUUCUUGUCCUGACGUGUGUGACACUGGCGACUGGCUAGGUAGGUGACGCAGACAUAGCUUUUUACUUCCUGCCGCAGGUAGGCGGGUUUUGACCGAUGACCGUAUUGCACUGACGCUGACACGCCGAGGAGGAAGCGACACAGAUGGGGCGUACUCAAUGUUCAACAUGUAGGAUGGCCGGGAUGGAGGUAGAGGAGGCAGAUCAGACGUAUGACAGCGAGGGCAACAGAGUUUGCGAAGGGUGCGGCGCACGUGUUGAGUCUGCACUGCGUCGGACAGAAACCUGAUGAGCGCACAGGCUGGGGCGCUGUGCAGGAGUAGGGGGCACCCGCGGGCUGGGGCGCUGGGCAUGUGUCGAGGUCCCUCUUCGCGCGUGCGUCAAAGUAAUGCAUGGAAUGAGAUGGGCGCGGUGCUUCAGAGGUGGUGCGUGAUGGCGGUGAAGCUUCGCCCAAGUUCCCUUAAUCGGCGGAGUCCGCUGGUGUAAUAAUGAAAUGGA